UAUUUUUAGUUUGUUUUCGCCUCUUGGUGCGUACAGUUGCAGUGCCGCCCAAUCCAAAUCGUUUGUUUUUAUUAUUUUUUUUUAGUUUCGUUUCGGUUCGAUUUUGUUUUGAUUUCGGUAUUGCUGCUCUCGGUUCUUUUCAACUCUGCUAUCCCCGCCUCCGAAGCGAUUUCGACUUUCGUUUUAAAUUGUUGUUGUAUUUGCGAAUGCAGCCAAUGGGAAUAUGCCCGUAGCUCCUGGCGCGGUGCUUUCGCCUGGUACUCGUAUCAUCCUAGUCCCGGAAUGUCCAUUUAGAUCCAGCCAGGCGAUCGGCUAGUCAUGCCAGUGCAACCAGUCCGUCCCGUGAGCACCUACGACAACUUGGGCGCCUCCUCCCAGUCGAGGGAGCUGGAGUCCGGAAUGCUUGAACCGGAACCGGAAGUGGAAGUGGAUAUGGAACUCAAUGCCAGCGGCACUAGCCACAGUAUAGCUGCUGUCAAGGCGGCCUUGAACGAUGCCAAGUCGAAAUUCUUCGGGAUAAACAACUAUGAGUCACCCGAGGCCGGCAAGAGUGCCGCUCAGGUGGUGAAUGUCAAGCCGGAACCAAAGUACCAGAAUGUUCCGCAACGGGAUGAGAUCCCUGCAGUGGCUGCUCCAGAAUCUCCAUCCCUUCCAUCGGCAUCCCAUCCCACUUCUCCUUCCGGCGAUCUGCAGAACAGGGCACUCCGCUAUGCCACCACCUACGAACAGAUUCCCCUCAGCGAUUUGGAAGCUCCGCAGUCGUCGCAGGCCGUCUACAUGAGCACCACAGUUCCGCAGAACAUGAAAGGCAUGAAGAUCGCCGGUCGACAUACGCCAACCCGAAACAGUCUGCGGCACAGCCGGAUGAUCGUUGUUAAUCACAAAAAUCAUGACAGUCUCCAAGCGACAAGGAACCUGAAUAUUUCGCGGCAACUCCUAAUUAUGCAAUUAGCUGUUGGUCUGCUGAUUGUUGGACUAGCGGCUUGGAUUCUUAUUCUAGCGCCGAAUGCAUCAAUAUUGAUCAAUCCAUAUCUGGGUGGUCUGUCGUUGCUGUUGGCGAGUGUUGCGGGUCUGAUACUGAUGCGAAGGAACCACAAGAUCUCGGAUCACAGACCCCCAAACAGUUGCUACAAGGUCCUGCUGGCCGAGUGCUACGUGUCCAACGGCCUGGCGUUGAUCUUCUGCUGUUUGGCCCUCGUCUGUGCGGCGAUCGAGUUUGCGGAGCUCACCUCAUCCGCGGCUGGGGAUUGCGGGCCCACAUCCAGCUCCCUUUUGAGUUACCACAAUUGCACCUGCUUGUCGGCCGGCGAAGCAGUGACCUCCUCCUUCGAGGACCCGUCCGCACUUAUUGCUGUUCAGGAAUCAUCGCAAAGCGAUGGAUGUGGAGAACUUCGGAUCGAAUGGAAAUAUCUCCUGGCCUUCUCGAUGGCGCUCAACACUCUGGGCAUUGUUGCAACAUUCUUAUACAUAACGCUAUUCAUUUGUUGCCACCGCAACAGAGAUCAUUUUUACACGUCUGUGUAGGGGUUGUUCACACUUAGGCUAUUACUUAAAUAAUACAAAUAUUUUACUUAAAUUAUUUUAGUAACUGAUACAAAUUACAAAUAAAUUAUUUAUUAAUAAUAAUACCA